CAUGGACCAAAAACCCGGUUUGCUAGCUUCGAUUCAGUACCACCGCCUUUCCGUAUGGCUGAAACAUAGGGACGGCCUCGGAAUCCUCCACCGCUUCACGACCUGGAUUUCUUCAGCUCUCUCGCCGGCGUGAUUCGACUCUCGCCGUAACUUCCCGCCGCUGAAAUCGACUUUGGAGAAACACUGAAAAUCCGAGAAAAUGGACGAGACUAUGAAGAAAUUCCAGGAGAGCUUAACUGAGAUUGAAGCUGAGGCUGAGCAUCUUCUACUAGCCCGACACCAGCUGGUCGAAAAUGAUAGAGUGAGGAAUGGGAACAGGGAAGCGCUCACUGCACUGAGGAAGAGAGCUCGAACAACAAAGACUAGUGUUCCGUCUCCUUUUGAGUCAAUUAUGAAGGAUAUUGGGGGUCCUGAAUCCAAGCCCUUGGUGAAGGAGGUGUGCGUCACAUGUGGCAACCAUGAUUCCAAUGAGCGCACAUGGAUGAUGUUCCCAGGGACUGAUGUCUUUGCUAGGAUUCCGUUUCAUGCUGCUCAUACCAUCUUAGAAAAAGAUCAAGCACAACUUGACUUUGAUGGGAAACAACUACAGAGCUAUGUGAAGGAGAAGUCCCUUUUGAUUUCAGAAAUGGGUGCCCUUGCUGACAAGAUCAGUCCAGGUGUACUCAAAUCUAUCGUAACCCUAUCAGACAAACCAAAAUAAGUGUUCUUGAGGGAGUUAGUCUAUCUUUGGUUGUAACGUCACCUCAAGCCCUCCCCAUUGAGGAGAAAAAAUGGAACUUUCAUCUCCUUUCCUUCUGGCUCACAACUUUAAUGUUCUCAUCUAACCGUUGUAAAUAACGUAUGGACUAGUUUUGCAACAUUUUCUUAUAAUAUUUGCUGCUCAUGGGGGUUCCCAGUUACGGCAUUUGACUCCAUAUAAAAAGUACUAAUUAUGAUGCCAAAGCUAGAAGAAUUUUAUUUUUGU